UCACUGUCUUCGUCGUCGUCUUUCUGGUACGCGUACGAGGAAAAAUUCCUGCGAGCUGAGAGCUGAACUUGUUCAGUGCGCGAGAAGAGGUCACAAAGUUUUUUCUCGUCCACCCGUCAGCAGCACUUGUGUGUCGUCGCUCAUCCCGAGUCGGAGUGUCUCCGAGGGUUUUCUUUUCGGUGUCACGCGGCAAGUUUAGGCAGCAGACAGAUCCAUCCAGAGGAAGGAACCGCGGAUCGGAACAUCAAAGCAGGCAGCAGUUUGUGAAGAGCAGCAGCGCAGAAAAGAGACGAUAGGAAAAAAAUGUCCGUCAAUCGUACCAUUUCGGCCCAUCAGGCCGCCAAGGAACAUGUCCUGGCCGUGUCCAGAGAUUUCAUCUCGCAGCCACGACUGACCUACAAGACCGUGUCCGGUGUGAACGGUCCGCUGGUUAUCUUGGACGAGGUCAAGUUCCCCAAGUUUGCGGAAAUUGUACAGCUCCGGCUGAACGAUGGCACCGUCCGCUCCGGUCAGGUGCUGGAAGUCAGCGGUUCCAAGGCCGUCGUCCAGGUGUUCGAGGGUACCUCGGGUAUCGACGCCAAGAACACGGUGUGCGAGUUCACCGGCGACAUUCUGCGUACCCCCGUGUCCGAGGACAUGUUGGGUCGUGUGUUCAACGGCUCCGGCAAGCCCAUCGACAAGGGCCCGCCAAUUCUGGCCGAGGACUUCUUGGAUAUUCAGGGUCAACCCAUUAACCCAUGGUCCCGUAUCUAUCCCGAAGAAAUGAUCCAAACCGGUAUCUCGGCUAUCGAUGUGAUGAACUCCAUUGCUCGUGGUCAGAAGAUUCCGAUUUUCUCGGCUGCCGGUUUGCCUCACAAUGAAAUCGCUGCCCAGAUUUGUCGUCAGGCCGGUCUGGUCAAGCACACCGGCAAGUCGGUGUUGGACGAGCACGAGGACAACUUUGCCAUCGUGUUCGCCGCUAUGGGUGUCAACAUGGAAACUGCCCGUUUCUUCAAGCAGGAUUUCGAAGAGAACGGUUCUAUGGAGAACGUGUGUCUGUUCUUGAACUUGGCCAACGAUCCGACCAUCGAACGUAUCAUCACUCCGCGUCUGGCGCUGACGGCGGCUGAGUUCUUGGCCUACCAGUGCGAGAAGCACGUGUUGGUCAUCUUGACCGAUAUGUCCUCGUAUGCUGAAGCCUUGCGUGAGGUGUCGGCUGCCCGUGAAGAAGUGCCUGGACGUCGUGGUUUCCCAGGUUACAUGUACACCGAUUUGGCCACCAUCUACGAACGUGCCGGACGUGUCGAAGGUCGUAACGGAUCGAUUACCCAGAUCCCCAUUUUGACUAUGCCUAACGACGAUAUUACCCAUCCAAUUCCCGAUUUGACUGGUUAUAUUACCGAAGGACAGAUCUACGUCGAUCGUCAGCUGCACAACAGACAGAUCUAUCCACCAGUGAACGUGUUGCCAUCGCUGUCUCGUCUGAUGAAGUCUGCCAUCGGUGAGGGCAUGACCCGUAAGGAUCACUCCGAUGUGUCCAACCAGUUGUACGCUUGUUACGCCAUCGGUAAGGACGUACAGGCCAUGAAGGCUGUCGUCGGUGAGGAAGCCCUCACUCCGGACGAUCUGCUGUACCUGGAGUUCUUGACCAAGUUCGAGAAGAACUUCAUCUCGCAGGGUAACUACGAGAACCGCACGGUUUUCGAAUCGCUGGACAUUGGCUGGCAGCUGCUGCGUAUCUUCCCCAAGGAAAUGCUCAAGCGUAUCCCGGCCUCCAUUUUGGCCGAAUUCUACCCACGAGACUCGCGCCACUAAGCGGUGUGUUUCUUUUGGGCCACGCUUGAAUUAUGUUUUUUUCGUUUGUUAUUUUCCUUAUAUCAUUUGCAUGUUGCUGUCCCUUCUAGCAGGGGGCAUUUUCUCAAGUUUAUCCCAAAUUUUCAAAAUUGUUUAUAAAUCUUUCGUUAGAUUUUUGGUUGAUUUGCCAUACACCCAUGAGCCGGAAAAGUAUUGUUAUAUAAUGUAAUGAAGAAAUUCUUCCUCCCCUUUGUAACAAUCAUUUUUUUACAGUUUUCAUUGCGUCCAUCUACAACUUAUUACCAAUCACAAGCGAUAGAUUCAACUUAUCAAUGUCGUAGGGAAACGAGAAGACAUUCAAGGGAUAAUGUUUGUCUUUUUAUCAAUAUUCGAAUCUAAAUGUGUGUGUGUCGAUACAGCAAAUGUCAUUUCGAGUAACGAACAUCCUGUUGAAUCGCUGUGCAAAUUAAGCAUUCCUAAUACGAAAAAUCGAUAAUCUACUUACAAUGUUUCAAAAAAUCAAUUCUAUCAAACACCUCGAGAAAAACGACCCAGAAUUAAAAGGUAGCCGAAAUUGUUAUUUCUGAGAAUAGGUUUUCCCAUUUACGUUUUGCUUUCCUUCGGGCAAUUUUCCGCCGAGCCAAACCGAAAAAGUGCCUACGAAAAUCUCCGAAUCGAUCCUCCAAUCGCGCCGGAACCGAAUCGACUUUCAAUCGACAGUUUAAGAUCCAACAAGGAACAAUACAACAACAACAUACAAAAUCCAUCCAAGAAGAAAAUGUGUGCAAACUUUACCACCAGAGAUAAAAACGCAACAAAAGAAGAGAAGAUUGAAACGGCAUCGACGACCGGUUGAAAUUGAUUCCAGAGAAAAUUAUCAGCAUCCAAUUUUCUUAGUCCACGUUCCGAAGUCGCACGCGGACUCGCCCCAACAUCUUCCUCUAAAAGCCAAAGGGUCCGUGGGGGUUGGUUGGACUCCAUUCGGAUGAGCUUUCGGGCGCUUCAAGCGCUGCACGGAUAUUCUGGAAGAUUGCACCGAUCGUGGAAAGCGAACCUUAAUUUUUAUGGUACUCUGCUUAUUAGGUAAAAUAAUCAACAGUUUAUAUUUUCGAAAAUUUAAAAAUAACUAUGUAAAAUCAGCAUAAGUAGUCAAAUAUGUAAUCGAGGAAGAGGUACUUCUAGAUGUACUAGCAGGGAUAACAUUAUACUGCGUAUUUCCCCUCCAGAUUCCCCUAUUUGAUUCGUUCGUGCUAUAAAUUUAAUUUUGUUGAUACAUUUCUAUCGUGCUAGGUGUUUAAGCUAUAUACAAUUAGUCGUUAAGUUAUGAGCGUUUCCUUUUUGCAUGAUCUUAAAUCGAAGAACUGCUUCUCGACAGCUGGAGUGCUGUGCUCCAUUGACUAAAUUUUCGAACGGAUUCAUCUUAGGCGUUGCUUUCUAAGUAUUUGGAAAGGUGGAAUCGAUCCUUUCCGGGUUGAGCACCAACAGCUCGCUCCAUCAGUUUAACUUUGAACAAUCCCCUUUGAUUAUCACCACGUUAGCCGACCAUCUGCUAAAAUAACAGUUCGAUGUGAACUGAAAUUCGGAAAGGAAGGAGACUUCAACCCAAUUUGACCUCGAAUGCAUUCGUCAGGAAUGGAUUCAAACGGAAAUGAACGUUGAUGCGGACUGUCUCCCUCUGGAAGGAAGCACUUCUGUACAAUAAUUAGUUUGUAAGCUGCUAAGGUCUAGAAAACAAAAUGAACCACAUAAAAUAAUCGGGAUAGAAGAAAAUAACCGUUACGCGACGUCACAAACUAUUUUAGCUGAGAGUUUUACUUUAACCAGGUCUUCGACCACUUCGAACAAUUGAAACCGUAACUAAAAUCCCACUACAUAAUUCGCCAACGCGAGUGGAAAACUAGAAUCAGACACUGGGCAAUCGAUUGGAGGCCGAUCUAGACUAUGCAUCAUCUACACACUCUGUGCAAAAUUUAGAAGCGAAAUGGUGGAGAAAAUAUAUUACGAUACAUAUAUUAUUAGCU